GCGUAUUUCGUUAAAUAAAAAGCCUCAAUGCGUUUUAUUUGCUUAGUUUCCAUGUGUGAUGCGUCGUGACGUCACUCAGCUCCAGCACAGCAACAAAGGAGGAUGCGGAGCUGCGUGCGGGACCCAAAUCCCGUUAAAAUGCUUUUCUUUUGCUCUACGAGGCCGACAUAACACACAACCAUGUAACAAUUGUCCAUAUUUAUAUGGAUAAAUGAAGUGGCGUAGGAUUCGUUGGAGGAAGCGGGGGGAGAGAGAGAAUGUACUGGGUUGCUGGUUUCGCCUCCUCCCGGUCGUUCGUGGUUGAUCUCGGCCGGAAUCCGAGCCCGUCCUUCGGGUUGUGUGGCUCUGAUGAGCGUCACUUAUUUUAUGGGUACAUAGUUGCCGUCCCCGUGCAGGAUUUCGGCGGGAUCAUGUCGGGAUUGGUAUCGGAUUCCUGGUGGAGGAAGACGCUUUACAUCACCGGAGGUGCCCUGCUGGCUGCGGCUGCGUAUCUACUGCACGAGCUGCUCUCCAUCAGGAAGGAGCAGGAGUUGGAUUCUAAAGACGCCAUCAUCCUUCACCAGUUCUCCAGGCCAAAAAACGGGGUGCCGAGCCUGUCACCUUUCUGCCUGAAAAUGGAGACAUAUCUGCGCAUGGUUGAUCUGCCCUAUCAAAAUUACUUUGACGGAAGCCUCUCUUCCCAGGGCAAGAUGCCUUGGGUUGAGUAUAACUACGAGCAGGUAUGCGGAACUGAAUUUAUAAUUGACUUUCUGGAGGAGAAACUUGGUGUGAGCUUGAACAAGAGUCUGAGCGCUCAGGAGCAGGCGCUAGCACGGGCUAUCACCACGAUGGUGGAGGAACACUUUUACUGGACCAUUGCAUACUGUCAGUGGGUGGAUAAUGUUCAGGAGACUCAGAGGAUGCUAGACCUUCCCGGGCCCCUCAGUGACCUGCUUAAAUGGAUCCUGUGUCAGCUGACUGGUGGGAUUGUAAAGAGAGAGAUGUACUGUCAUGGCAUUGGCUGUUUCACUAAAGAGGAGGUUUACACCCUCAUGGAGAAGGACAUGCGCACACUAGCCACACUGCUAGGGGACAAGAAGUACAUCAUGGGUCCCAAGCUGUCCAGUGUGGAUGCCACAGUGUUCGGUCACCUUGCACAAGCCAUGUGGACACUGCCUGGCACACGGCCUGAGCAGCUCAUUAAAGGAGAACUGAUCAACCUUGCCAUGUACUGUGAGCGCAUACGGAGGAAGUUCUGGCCCGAGUGGUUUGUAGACUUAGAGGACUUCUGUUAUGACAGCGACAACGACAGCAGUGGGACGCCCACCUGCCUGAUGGACCUUGGUCUCUUUUCCAGGACCGACACUUUAGAGGAGAGCGAUCUAAGCCUGCCUUCACAUAGUAACACUCAUUCUCAUGACUCAGACCACUCUGGACGCUCGCUCUCAGACUCUGACAUUGAAGUAGAUGGCUCAGAUGUGGAGCAGGUCAAGAGUUAAAUCCAAUAGAGGUGGUUGCUUUUCAUCUGAUGUAUCAUCUGAUGCCACACAAAACUGAUAUUGAUAAUUCAUGCCUGGAUGAAUCACACUUUGAUGGACCUGAAGUACAAACAAAAUGUGUGUAUUUAACGUGACAUCAGUCAUGGACAUGUACACCUCAAGAUUUACACCACAAAAGUCGGACGCUUGCUUUAGUUCCCUUUGUGUGAUGUGUAAAAGAUCAUCCGUUCUCAGUUGUACAUCUUGGACAGUCACCUUUUGUAAAAACAUUAUAUCUCAUCCAUCUUUCUCAGAUGUCUUACAUUUGUCCACAUUUUCAGUAUGGUUUUUAAUUGGCUUUCAUUUCAAGGAAACAAUUGAAUUGAAAUUCCACUCACUGAAUUUGUAAGACCAGUCAAGGCAUUUCUAUACGUCUAUUUCCUCUCAAAUGUUGAUCAAACAUUUGCUCCAGAAGAGAAUUAUGUAGCAAAACACUAGCUUGCAUGAUUCUAGGAUGUUUGUGUGAGGUUGACAGUUAAAUUUUUUUUUGUGACAGACUGAUUUCUGAAUCUGUGUGAAUUCCUAUCUUCUGUUUAAAGUUGGCUUGAAAAGGAAGUUGCAAUAGUCUUUUCUGAUGUAUAUCGGGGUGAAAUGGCUUCUCAUAUAAGUAUAAAUGUAGGGUGGCCGCGGGACUUGAUUUUGUCCAUCUGCAAUUGGAUCGUAGUGGUUUGCUAUUGUUCAAUCUCAUGUGAGUGACAGGUUGUCCCACCCUCACGCCAGUUAACUUGUCCUGGCAAGAGGGAGGGAAAGUUAUUUUGAUUAAAGAUUAUGAGGGCACAUAAACUUUAAAAAAAAAAAAAAAAAAAAAAAAACUUUUUUUAAUAAAUACUUCAAUAUUCCAUUUAAAAAAAGGAAAAUCAGUUUUGACUUCAUAGUGACUUUAAACCUAAUAAUUCCUGCUCCCAGAUCAGCUAAAGUACUUAAAAAAAUGGGACUGAUGAAGAUUUAUAAAGCAUUUAAUCCUGAUUCUACCUGCUUAAACGCAUAAAAUAACUAAACGAGAAUCCAAUCUUCAGAAAUAUUUAGGCUAAGACAAAAGAACAGAAUCCCUUUCUGUAAUUUUAUUUGUUAUAGCUCCGGUGUGUGUCAUCAGUGUCAGCUGACUCUUGAUCAGUCUGAAUGGUGCUUAAUGCCUGUGUGCCUGACUGCAACCAUUUGUACGUGUGUGACAGUCUUUCCUCCUUAUCCCCAUGUGUCUCUUUCUGUUUGGUUCUGUAAUACAGACCUGCUUGCAUGUCACCACCAGAGGGCACUGUGACCAUUCACAUAUUGAGGUGGUCCUAUGCAGCCACUUGUAUUGCCUUUGCGGGCAUCGCUUCAAGCUUCUGCCUUAAAUGAAAAUCUCUAAAUAUUAAUAACAACAGUAAACCUCUAGUGAACACUAAGCAGUCAACUUUGGUGAAGUCUGAUUAUACAUUUUCUUUAUCCAUGUGUCUGAUUUGUGUACCAAAGUGUUGUGUGUGCAGAUAAGCAGAUUUGCCUUAGUUGAGGGAAAAUUGUUGUGAUCAACAGCAGUAUGAUGAGAUCAUCACCCUCUUUCUGUUAAAUUUACUUGAAACCCAGGCCUGUACUAAAUUAUAUUAUUUAAAUCCCUGUAAGGUUCGAUCUUUUAUGCAGAAUUCUGUUGUUUACUUUGCAUAUUGUUGUUUUGCACAUUUUAGAUUAUUCAAAGACUUUGGACAAUGUAAAGAUAUGGAUGGAAAAAUUAGAGGACUUAAAACAGGGUCCAUACAAUCAGUGAGAUGUGUUAUAUGUGUGUGUAUGAUAUACAGAAGCUUCCUGUAAUACAUCAUUUACCUGCAUGUGUGUUUGUGUGUGCGUCUAUAUACGUGUGAGCUGGUGUGAAGUGCACCAGUGGAAAUCUUCUAUUAAAUAUUUAGUCCCUGUAUAGAUCUGAAGUUACAUACAUGUAAACCUAGUCUCAUAUGAAUUUUGCGUUCAUUUUGCAGAUUAUUUUUUUGGGUUAUCAAGUAGCCUAAUAAUAAUAAUGAUAAACAGGUUUUUCACUGACUUAAGGAGAUACACAACUAAAAAUGGUCAUCUUGAUAUAACAAUUUCAGCCAAAUUCACAUUCAAAAUUAAGCAUUAACCAAUGCAUUUUAAUUCUACCCUGUGAAAUGUUUAUUAAUAGACUUUUAGAGGUGUGUCUGUGUGUUGAGAACAUAGCUGGAUUAUGCUCUCAUAAGAUGUCAGUCAAUUUUGCUAUAGAUCUGUUACUAGAUCUUGAAGCCAUAUUACAGAGUUAAUUUCCUGUCUGUGGAAGCAAAAUUAUGGUUAUAAAUAUAUAUGUAGACAAAGAUUCUACUAUAUAAAAUGUGCAUAACUGAGACCCUCCCAUGAGUGCUUAGUUAACAUGAACUGAGUGAUUGUUUGACAAUGAUUGCUCCAAAACAUGAAUUAAAAUAGCUGUGGUGAUUUCAAA